AUGCCGCCGGAGGCUGAUCCACCGGUGGCGGGGGUUUCUCUCGUGGUUGAUGGCUCUACGGGGGUCGUGGGGCUAGAGGAGGGAGAACUACUGUUGGUUCAAGAGGGAGUUGUAGGGUCGGGGAGUGCUAUAGAGGUGCAAAAGGAUGGUGAAACAGGCAGUGUGGUUUUGGGUGCAGCGGGGUUGGGUGACAAAGUACGUGCCGAGAUGGAAACAAAGGUUGAUGGCAUCGGGAAGGGGGGAGAGCCAGCGAAACAGAAACGCUCGUGGGUUUCAAUGGUUAAAGAUCCGGCAAGACUGGAGAAGGUGGAUUUAGCGGUUGAAGAUGUUGAUGGUAUGCCUACAGUGCAGAUACCAGACAGUGUUUUUGAGGGUGCUCAACCAUUGUGGGAAGAUUUUCUUAUAGGAAAAUUCUUAGCAAAGGCUCCUUUCAUUGGAGGUAUUCAUGCUCUUGUUAACAAGAUUUGGACUCUUGGAGAUCGCUCUAUUAAAAUUGAGGUGUAUGUAGUGGAUCACUACACAGUCGGGUUUCGAAUCCAAGAUACACGGACUCGUGAACGCGUGUUACGACGAGGUAUGUGGAAUCUAUGUGGGGUUCCAGUGGUGAUUACUAAAUGGAGUCCAAUUGUUGACACUAAACAAGAAGAACUAACGAAGGUCCCUCUAUGGGUCAUCGUUAAAAACAUUCCGCCAAAAUAUUUUUCUUGGAAGGUGUUAAGUGCUAUCACUAGCCCACUAAGAGUACCACAGAAGUUGCACUCUGAUACAGAGGCAUGUAAGUCUUUUGAGGAGGCAAAGGUUUUUGUCGAGGUGGACCUAACAAAGAAUCUGCCUAAGCAUAUGUCAUUUAAAUCAGGGAAAGGAGGUGAUACUGUUGUGGAGUUUGUCUACCCGUGGUUACCCCCACGAUGUAUAACAUGCUCCAAAUGGGGUCAUACAAACUCGGACUGUUUGACUAAAGUGAAAGCUGGAGAUUCUGUCCUUCUCAAUCCGGUUCCUAUGACUCAAAGUGACUCUGUGGUAGUUCCUCAAACAGAAUCGCAGGUAGUGGCAGAAAUUGCCAAGGAAGUGUCUGCAGAAGUUACGAAAGAGGCUAAUAUUUUGAGUACAGAGGAUAAAGAACAGGAAUGGUGCACGCCGACUAAGGGGGUUUGCAGCCCGCAAAAGCGGCUUGUUACAGAGCAGGACAAUGUCUCACAGUUCUCUAACUCCUUUUCAUGUCUUAGUGAAAAAGGGGAGAAAGGCGACGAUCUUAACAUUGAUGGGGAACAGAGUAUUACACUUCAUGAGAAUUCUGUCAAUGAAAGCACGAAGAAUCAUGUAGCACAGUCUGAUCAGCAGGGCACUGAAUCUGAGACAUCACGAGUGGAGAUAGCUAUCCGUCCCUCUCUUCCCCGAGCUUCCAAGGAGGGUCACAAAUUUAUCUCGCACACUGGUUCGCAUAGUACUAGGCCUCCUCCUGGUACUCAGCAAACACGUAAAACUGCAAAAAAUCUCUGA